AUGCCGACGGUGAAGAGCAAGAAGAAGACGAGGAAGGAGGUGACUGAGGCGGAGGAGCAGGGCGAAGCGGGGCUGGAGGUGGAGGCGGAGGACAGGAGCCACUCCGACAGCAGAGACCGUCUGACCCCGGAUCUGCACGACGCAACGCCGCACAAGAAGAAGAAGAAGAAAAAGGCGUCAACUAUUGAUCAGGAAACAGAACACGGGGAUGUGCCAAACGGCAGCACGGCCGAGGCGGUCGGGGAAGGAGAGGAGAUGACUGUUGCCGUCACCAGAAAGACAAAAAGGAAGAAGAAGGCGAAGGCGACGGAGCACUACAGCAAUGAUCUGGAAGUCGAGGACGAAGACAUCAUCACCGACGCUCAGUCUCCCAUUCCGCAGCAUUCCCUGUUCUCCGCCCCCCACGGACACAGCCAGCCGGUCGGCAAAGUUUUUGUGGAGAGGAACCGGCGUUUCCAGGCCGACCGAGUGGAGCAGCUCAGGCACUCGGAGCUGACUGAGGACUACAUGGACCCCAGGCAGAUCUGGACCACCAGGGACGUCUCUCUGAAGGUUCACAACAGCUUCAGGGUGGUCGGUUUGUUCUCUCAUGGGUUCCUGGCUGGCUAUGCGGUAUGGAACAUCAUCGUGGUGUACGUGUUGGCCGGCGAGCAGAUGACCACGCUGCACAACCUGCUACAGCAGUACCACCCUCUGGCCUACCCGGCUCAGUCUCUGCUCUACCUGCUGUUGGCCAUCAGCACCGUGUCCGCAUUCGACAGGGUCAACCUGGCCAAGACAUCGAUGGCCUUGAGAGGCUUCCUCACUCUGGACCCGGUGGCCGUGGCUUCCUUCUUAUAUUUCAUAGCCCUGAUACUGUCCCUCAGCCAGCAGAUGACCAGCGACCGCAUCAACCUUUAUCCUUCGGCCAAUGAAACUCUGUGGCCUCCAGGUUCCGAGCAGCAGAUAUUGCGGCCGUGGAUCGUGGUCAACCUGGUGGUGGCGCUGUUGGUGGGUGUCGCAUGGGCUGUUGUGUCCACGCGCCCAGACAUCGACUACACAGAAGAAUUUUUGAUGACGAUGGAGGUGGAGGGUUUCCCCAGAGGAGAAGAAAACCUGGACAUCCCUGCCUAAAACCAGACGUGUUGAAUCUAUGUCAGCCUGUGUACUAGACUGGAAAUCGAACGGCUAUUCGAUCUAUGAUUCUGUUUGAGUAAAUGUGUAUUAUUUGUUUGCUGAAUGUUAUUUUGUAAAUCAAUAAAUGAGUUUAUGUACGGUCA